GACAAGCAGCUGCGGAUCUUUGAUCCCAGAGCAAAGCCUCAGACUGCUCAGAGCACACCAGCCCAUGAGAACAGCAGGGACAGCCGACUGGUGUGGACGGGCACCCAGGAGCACCUUGUAUCCACUGGAUUCAACCAGAUGCAUGAGCGGGAAGUGAAGCUCUGGGACACGCGGCUCAUCUCCAGCGCCCUGACCUCCCUCACCUUGGACACCUCACCUGGGUCUCUGAUGCCCCUGCUGGACCCGGACUCCGGGCUGCUGGUCCUGGCAGGAAAGGGCGAAAGUCAGCUAUACUGCUAUGAGGUGGUCCUGCAGCAACCUGCACUGAGCCCAGUGACCCAGUGUGUCCUGGAGAACGUGCUGCAGGGGGCAGCCCUUGUGCCCCGGCGGGCGCUGGCUGUCAUGGGCUGCGAGGUGGUCCGAGUCCUGCAGCUGAGCAACACAGCCAUCAUACCCAUCAGCUACCAUGUGCCCCGCAAGGCUGUGGAGUUCCACGAGGACCUGUUCCCGGACACCCCCGGCUGUGUGCCUGCCUCUGACCCCAACACCUGGUGGGCUGGUAGCAACCAGCAGGUGCAGAAGGUCAGCCUCAACCCUGCCCGUCGGCCCCACCCCAGCUUCACAUCCUGCCUGCUGCCCCCUAUGGAGUGCCCCCCUGACACCACCCAGCCUGCAGAGUCGCCCACUGGUGAAGCAGACCCAAACGAGGGCUUCUCCUCUCCUCCCAGCUCGCUGACCUCGCCUUCCACACCCUCCAGCCUGGGCCCCUCACUGUCCAGCACCAGCGGCAUUGGGACCAGCCCCAGUCUGAGAUCUCUGCAGAGCUUGCUGGGCCCAAGUUCCAAGUUUCGCCAUGCUCAGGGCACUGUCCUGCACCGAGACAGCCACAUCACCAACCUCAAGGGACUCAACCUCACCACGCCUGGUGAGAGUGACGGCUUCUGUGCCAACCAGCUGCGUGUGGCUGUGCCCCUGCUCAGCAGUGGAGGGCAGGUGGCCGUGCUCGAGCUUCGGAAGCCUGGCCGCCUGCCUGACACAGCGCUGCCCACACUACAGAAUGGAACGGCUGUGACAGAUCUGGCCUGGGACCCUUUUGACCCCCACCGCCUUGCUGUGGCCGGCGAGGAUGCCAGGAUUCGACUGUGGCGGGUACCCCCAGGGGGCCUGGAGGAGGUGCUCACUACGCCUGAGGCUGUGCUCACAGGCCACAUGGAGAAGAUCUAUUCCCUGUGCUUCCACCCCCUGGCGGCUGAUGUGCUGGCCUCCUCUUCCUAUGACCUCACCAUUCGCAUCUGGGACCUUCAGGCCAGAGCUGAGCGACUAAGGCUGCAGGGCCACCAGGACCAGAUCUUUGGCCUGGCCUGGAGUCCCGAUGGGCAGCAGCUAGCCACUGUUUGCAAGGAUGGACACGUGCGGGUCUACCAGCCCCGGAGUGACCCUGAGCCCCUGCAGGAAGGCCCAGGGCCUGAGGGUGGCCGUGGAGCCCGCAUUGUCUGGGUUUGUGAUGGCCGCUGUCUGCUGGUGUCUGGCUUUGACAGCCGAAGUGAACGCCAGCUGCUCCUGUAUGCGACUGAAGCCCUGGCAGGUGGCCCCUUGGCAGUGCUGGGCCUAGACGUGGCUCCCUCAACCCUGCUGCCUAGCUACGACCCAGACACCGGCCUGGUGCUUCUCACGGGCAAGGGCGACACCCGUGUGUUCCUGUAUGAGCUGCUCCCUGAAGCCCCUUUCUUCCUGGAGUGCAACAGCUUCACAUCACAGGACCCCCACAAGGGCUUCGUCCUCCUGCCCAAGACAGAGUGCGACGUGCGGGAAGUGGAGUUUGCCCGAUGCCUGCGUCUGCGCCAAACCUCACUGGAGCCUGUGGCCUUCCGGCUGCCCCGAGUCAGGAAAGAAUUUUUCCAGGACGAUGUGUUCCCAGACACAGCAGUGAGCUGGGAACCAGUGCUCAGUGCCCAGGCCUGGCUGCAAGGUGCCAGCGGCCAGCCCCGACUUCUCAGUCUGCAGCCCCCCGACAUGACCCCAGUGAGCCAAGCUCCCCGUGAGGCCCCUGCCCGACGAGCCCCAUCCUCAGCACAGUACCUGGAAGAGAAGUCAGACCAGCAAAAGAAGGAAGAGCUGCUGAAUGCCAUGGUGGCCAAGCUGGGGAACCGGGAGGACCCACUCCCCCAGGACUCCUUCGAAGGUGUGGACGAGGAUGAGUGGGCCAAGUACCUGGCCCAAAUCAUUGUGAUGGGUGUGCAGGUGGUGGGCAGGGCCUUUGCCCGGGCCUUACGGCAGGAGUUUGCAGCUAGUCGGGCCGCAGCUAAUGCCCGGGGACGCGCCGGGCACCAAUCUGCAGCUGCCUCCAACCUCUCUGGCCUCAGCCUUCAGGAGGCACAGCAGAUUCUCAACGUCUCCAAGCUGAGCCCCGAAGAAGUCCAGAAGAACUACGAACACUUGUUUAAGGUGAAUGACAAAUCCGUGGGUGGCUCCUUCUACUUGCAGUCCAAGGUGGUCCGUGCGAAGGAGCGCCUGGAUGAGGAAUUCAGGAUCCAGGCCCAGGAGGACAGAGAAAAGGAGCAGAUGCCCAAAACGUGACUGCUCAGCUCCCGUGCCCUGCCUCUAAUUUAUACCUUGGUAAUAAAUGUCUCUACAGCACUUCUUGUGCAGCGGAUUCCAGAAGGCAGGUGGCUCUUCCUACCAGUUGCAGGCUGUGCGCGCUGGGGACAGGGAGGCAGCAGCCUUCGACAGCCCUGAGGGGCCAGGGUGGGCACGUUUGCGGCCAGCCAUCCGGUGGCCCCGGCUGAGUUCUGUCACGUACUUACUGGACGCAGCCACCCCUGCCUCCACCGUGCCUGUACUGAGUCCCUCCCGUGGCGCCCUGCCAGACCCCAGCUCCCAUCACCAUCAGGUCUGCCCCGCCCCUCCCACAGGGUGGAGGCCCCCAGCCCGAGCCCUGUCAUUGGCCACCUUCUCUCCCUCUGACUCUAGCAUCUCAGUAACGGGCGGAAUGUGCCCGUGUAAGGAAAGAGGCCUUUGCCAGCCUCUCAGACUGAAGCCCUGCUCGCCAGUCACAGUGGGUGCUGAUGGGGUAAGGACUCGAACUUGAUGCUAGUUCACAAUCUUCCCUCUCAGCUCCUUGCAACUGUGCCCACUCAGCACCCGCCUCCCCAUCCUUCCCUUCCAAUUCCUUCUCAGCAGCAGAUUGAGAGGUAGUGGCACCUGCAGGCCCAGGGAGCAAGCCCCAGAUCAGGGCCUACAGGUGCUGCGGUGUGGGUGGGGGGGAUAACCAGGCACGAGGUGGGGGUGCUGUCAGUCAGGCCGCCCAGCUCCUGGCACAGUUGUGACACAGAAACCAUCUUUGCAACUCACUUUUAUUGUUUCUUUAUAAACUUCCUCUCACAUGGAGGAAUAUAUUGUUAUA